GCUGCCCGCGGGCGGGGGCGCCCGGGCGACCGCGGCGAUGCGCGGUCCCUGGCCCCGGGAGGCGGCCACCCUGGGGCCGUCGGGAUGGAGGUGAGAAGACGGCCGUGACGCGCGCCCGCGCGGCCCCCUGCCCCCCCAGCAGCCCACAGCGCUCCCUGCCCCCCUCCCCCGCGGCGGCUGGCCUUGCCCUCCAGUGACAGCGGCCUGGGGGGGGCGGGGGGGCGGGGGCGGCCGGACCAGCGAUGCCGGCGGGCAUGACGAAGCAUGGCUCCCGCUCCACCAGCUCGCUGCCACCCGAGCCCAUGGAGAUCGUGCGCAGCAAGGCGUGCUCGAGGCGCGUCCGCCUCAACGUCGGUGGGCUGGCGCACGAGGUGCUCUGGCGCACCCUGGACCGCCUGCCCCGCACGCGGCUGGGCAAGCUGCGCGACUGCAACACGCACGACUCGCUGCUGGAGGUGUGCGAUGACUACAGCCUCGACGACAAUGAGUACUUCUUCGACCGCCACCCGGGCGCCUUCACCUCCAUCCUCAACUUCUACCGCACGGGACGGCUGCACAUGAUGGAGGAGAUGUGCGCGCUCAGCUUCAGCCAAGAGCUCGACUACUGGGGCAUCGACGAAAUCUACCUGGAGUCCUGCUGCCAGGCCCGCUACCACCAAAAGAAGGAGCAGAUGAACGAGGAGCUCAAGCGCGAGGCAGAAACCCUACGGGAGCGGGAGGGUGAGGAGUUCGAUAACACGUGCUGCGCGGAGAAGAGGAAAAAGCUCUGGGACUUACUGGAGAAGCCCAAUUCCUCUGUGGCCGCCAAGAUCCUUGCCAUAAUUUCCAUCAUGUUCAUCGUCCUCUCCACCAUUGCCCUGUCUCUCAACACGCUGCCCGAGCUGCAGAGCCUUGAUGAGUUUGGCCAGACCACAGACAACCCCCAGCUGGCCCACGUGGAGGCCGUGUGCAUUGCGUGGUUCACCAUGGAGUACCUGCUGCGGUUCCUCUCCUCCCCCAAAAAGUGGAAGUUCUUCAAGGGCCCGCUCAACGCCAUUGACUUGUUGGCCAUCCUGCCAUAUUAUGUCACCAUCUUCCUCACUGAAUCCAACAAGAGCGUGCUGCAGUUCCAGAACGUCCGCCGCGUGGUCCAGAUCUUCCGCAUCAUGCGUAUUCUCCGCAUUCUUAAGCUCGCACGUCACUCCACUGGCCUCCAGUCCUUGGGCUUCACUCUGCGGAGGAGCUACAACGAGCUGGGCUUGCUCAUCCUCUUCCUUGCCAUGGGCAUCAUGAUCUUCUCCAGCCUUGUCUUCUUUGCCGAGAAGGAUGAGGAUGACACCAAGUUCAAAAGCAUCCCAGCCUCUUUCUGGUGGGCCACCAUCACCAUGACGACCGUUGGGUAUGGAGACAUCUACCCCAAGACUCUCCUGGGGAAAAUUGUGGGGGGUCUUUGCUGCAUUGCAGGGGUCCUGGUGAUUGCUCUUCCCAUCCCCAUCAUUGUCAAUAACUUCUCUGAGUUCUACAAGGAGCAGAAGAGGCAGGAGAAAGCAAUCAAGCGGAGAGAGGCUCUGGAGAGGGCCAAGAGAAAUGGCAGCAUCGUAUCCAUGAACAUGAAGGAUGCAUUCCCCCGGAGCAUCGAGAUGAUGGACAUUGUGGUUGAGAAAAAUGGAGAGAACCUGGGUCCGAAAGACAAAGUGCAAGAUAACCACUUGUCUCCCAACAAAUGGAAAUGGACAAAGAGGACGCUGUCCGAAACCAGCUCAAGUAAGUCCUUUGAAACCAAGGAGCAGGGAUCCCCUGAGAAGGCCAGAUCAUCUUCUAGUCCUCAGCACCUGAACGUCCAGCAGUUGGAAGACAUGUACAAUAAGAUGGCCAAGACACAAUCUCAACCCAUCCUCAAUACUAAGGAGUCGGCAACACAGAGCAAACCAAAGGAAGAACUUGAAAUGGAGAGUGUCCCCAGCCCCGUAGCCCCUCUGCCCACUCGUACAGAAGGGGUCAUUGACAUGCGAAGCAUGUCGAGCAUUGAUAGCUUCAUUAGCUGUGCCACAGACUUCCCUGAAGCCACCAGAUUCUCCCACAGCCCUUUGGCCUCACUCCCCAGCAAAACUGGAGGUGGCCUGGCCCCAGAGGUUGGCUGGCAGGGAGCUCUGGGUGCCACCAGUGGUAGGUUUGUGGAGGCCAACCCCACCUCGGAUGCCAGGCAUCCCUCUGCUUUCUUCAUUGAGAGCCCCAAGAGCUCCAUGAAGACCACCAACCCCUUGAAGCUUCGCGCACUGAAAGUCAACUUCAUGGAGGGCGAUCCCAGACCAUUAGUCCCCGUUCUGGGGAUGUACCAUGACCCUCUUAGGAACCGGGGGGGUGCUGCGGCGGCUGUUGCUGGGCUGGAGUGCGCCACACUCUUGGACAGGCCUGUGCUGAGUCCAGAGUCCUCCAUCUACACCACAGCAAGUGCUAGGACACCCCCCCGGUCACCGGAGAAACACACAGCAAUAGCGUUCAACUUUGAAGCAGGUAUCCACCAGUACAUUGAUGCGGACACAGAUGACGAGGGGCAAGUGCUCUACAGUGUGGACUCCAGCCCCCCCAAGAGCCUCCACGGGAACACUAGUCCCAAGUUCGGUGUCGGGACAAGAUCAGAGAAGAACCACUUUGAAAGCUCCCCCUUACCCACCUCCCCUAAGUUCUUAAGGCAGAACUGUAUUUACUCUACAGAAGCAUUGACUGGAAAAACUCCCAGUGGUCAGGAAAAGUGCAAGCUUGAGAACCACAUCUCCCCCGACGUCCGCGUGUUGCCGGGGGGAGGAGCCCAUGGAAGCACACGGGAUCAGAGCAUCUGAACCACCUCCACACGGAGGAGAGACUUGUGGCAGGGUCCAAAGAGGAGUGCUGUUCAGCUUACCUGCCGUGGAGCUUUUGUGCAUGACCUCUGAAACAGAAAGGCUCUGCAAAGCCCCCAGAAAGAAGAGAGACCAGAGAAAGCUCCCUUAAAACCUUGAGAGCCGUUAACGGGUCCAUCAGAGUGAAGUUGGCCAAGCCACAGGGUAUGGCUCCUCCUUGUAACAGCUCCACGGCCCUCUUUGGAAGAUGACAAGAGCAGAACUCCCAGCCACCACUACCACGUUCUAGACAUAACCAAGGCCACCUACUCCCCAUUCUUCUCUCGUGGCUUUCCAUCACAGCCUCUGAGGGCAAGAUCUCCAUCCCUCCUGGCUUCAGCCGGAGAAGGAUGCCCGAACAAGUGGCUGGUGUUAAAAGAGUGGGUUGACCAAUUUGGUUUGGGGUGUUGCCUGGCCACCUCUAGGAACUUCUGUCCAUCACCUGCCGGAUGGAUCCCACUGUCAGAAGGCUACAGGGAAUGCUUGUGUCAUGGGGAAAACUGCACCAUAAGCCACGAUCCCAGCGCAAAACCCUUCCUCAAAUGUCUUCAUUGACUUCAGUAUUCCGUAGUACCUGAGAUUUUAUUUUGAGAUAUCAUCAGGGUGAGUUGCACCACUUGUACUCAAUUCUAAUUGCCCCCUGGCAAUCUGGGAAGGGUUCAGAAGGCGGGCACUCAGCCAACAGUAUGAACUCUGAGCAUUGCUUUAGGGUUAUAGAAGGAAAAUGCUUUCUGUACAUUGCUAGUGUAGACUCAAAAGAUAUGCAAGUGUCAAAUAUGCAGAAGAAUAGCUUAUUCAAAGAGACUGUAUGUUACCGAAGAACAGAAUAAAAUCUGAUUUUGUUUUUUACCUG